AUGAAGAUUUUAAUAUUUGCGCUUGUCUGUCUGCAGCUCUCGGAGGGGCUUGUAAGGUGAGCAUCACAGCAUAAUAAACUAUAAAAAAAAACACAAAAUCAUAGACGUAAACAAAAACUAGAUCAUAAUAUUAAUUUAGAUUUUUUUAUAGUAGGCACUGGCAUUGCCAACAGACUCAUCUAGACUAGAGGUGUUAAAGGUUUAACUCAAACAUGCCUACAAUCUAACAGAUGUAAAGCAAAUUAUAUAAAUAGUAAACUACACAAUAUCCAAGUUGACAAGAUUUUUAUUUUGUGUUUUAAAUACAAAGCAUUAUCAAUAGAGUAAAAACAUGUGCACAGCCAUAGAGUCAUUUAGAAGGCAUGCGUUGAGGUGUAAAUAGAAGGUUCAUAAAAGUAAUUGGCCAAGCAUAGAAAGUUAAACGGAUAGUUUUUCUUAUUAGAGAUAUAGUGUAAUAUAUAGAGUACUGUUGUUGAUAGCUUUGUAGUGGAGAUCCUGGAUUAACAAAUCAUUUCACAUAGGUCAAGAUAUGUCUUGUAGUAGCAUUCAUUAUGGACUAUAAUAGUUUACUAUAGUGUAUUACAGGGCAUUAAUGGAGUGGAGGGUUCCCCAGAAAAAGAUUUGCUGACAAAGCUUGGGUGAAGUGAAAUAGGAAUAAAAGAAUAGUGUUCCUAGAUAAGGAUACAAAGGUUGAGAAAAAACUGCUGUUUCACAGAAUCAAAUAUGGCAAUACACCGUGUAGAUGUAUGCAUGGUCUGGUGGUCCAUGACCUCAGUGCUCUGCAGGCCUUGGUGGGAUUUAGUUAUUUCCUGGGAUUUGGGAUAGAUGAGUUUUGCAUGUUCCAAAAAUGUGGUGGAACCGAAUAUAUAUAUAUAUAUACAUCCAAAAUAGGAAGUAUGAUACCUGGUCGUACUUUUGGAGGUAACAAAUGAAGUAUGUGUACCAUGGAGAUGGUGCUACUCUUUCCAAAUUGAAAAAGUACAAUUGUGUAGGGAAGAUGAAAAAUUAAGAGAGGAUCAGAGUGAGAUGAAUUAGAGCAGGCUGCUCCCCAUAGUGUAUAGGAACGGGGCUGUCCUUUGUGCUGGAUGCUGCCUAUUUAGUAGGAUGAUCAGGGGAUGCUGCUUCAUUUUUAAGAAUUAUUGUUAUAAAUCAUUUGCCUGAUACGAAUUUGCCUUUUGGUCAAACAUUUGUAACAGUAAUCAAAGAAAAUGAGGUAAAAAUAAAAAAAAGAGAAAUAUAGAAAAGAGGGAUUAAGGGUUAAAUUGUAAAUCAAGUGCCAUCGAGCAAAAUUCAGACUAUAUAUUUUUUAAGCAGAUAUAGAGAGAGCCACUAGAGCCGCUUCCGGGGUGUUAAUCGACUUUUGGUCACCUAACUGGUGCUGGACAUUCUCAUUCUGUGCAUGAGGAUAUCCAGCAUCAGCCAAAACUCCAUAGGAAAGAAUUGAAACUAUGGGGUAGCCCUAAUGCGCUUGCAUACAUAUAUAUUUAUAUUGUAAGUAAAAAAUGUCAAAUUUGAAUAACAUACUUUUUUUUUUAAUAGAGUCCCUCUGACCAAGGGCAAGUCAAUAAGGCAGAAUAUGCGAGAAGCCGGAGUUCUGCACAAGUACCUGCAGACGCAUAAGAUCGAUCUGUCUGAUAGAUACCAAGGAUAUGCUGUUGCUUCUGAAUCUAUGUAUUUUGAUGUAUGUACCCAGAAUAAUAAUGUUCUAUAAAUUCAGUUUCAUUGCUGUUUUAAACCUGAGAGAUACAAUAGAAUUAUAAAUAAGAAAACAAACUACAACACUGUUUAAAAAAAUAGGAAAAACACACAGAAUAUUAGUCACCAUGCCAUAAGGCAAAGUGUGGCUAUCUGUGUAACCUGGACAUAUACAAGUAGUCUAGGAAAAAAAUCAAAAGAUAUACUUAGUACAAAAUAAGAAAGUAUCCCUAUAGGAUGUGGAUUAAAAAGUCAAGUAGAUACAAAUAUAUAUCGUGAUCCCUGGGUGGUAUAAUGAUGUUACCAGUAUAUCCUUAGCAAUAGAUAGAAAUUCUGAGCUUUAUUCGGACUGGCUCUUAAUGAUUCUAUACUAUUAUUUAUAAUUUUGCUAUCUGAGCAUUGUAAAACAAGCAUCUUUGUACAUGUACAUAGUUUUACAGCCAUCUAUCUAAAGGCAGGUCCAAACAGGAUCAGUGAGGGCAACAGGAGGCCACUAGGUUGUGGGAAAAGGAGCCCUUUCAUGGUGAAUCGUGACUGAAAAGUAUGAUGGGCCUAAUUAGCGUAACCUAUAGACAGUUACAUACUAAAACAGUCAUACCUCCCAAGUGUCAUGUCUCUGGAGGAGGUGGUGGAGGAAGAAGACUCACAGUACGCAUUUAUAAGAUGACACAUGCCCUAUGCAUAUCUCUCGCUUUCAUCUUUCAGCCACAUCUAUCUGCCCUUUUUGCAAGACCCACAACCCUCAAUUCCUCUUCCUCACUAAUCACAAACUCUGAAUCCUCUCUACUCAACACUCACUUGUACACACCUUCCUUUCUUACUAGCAGGCAGAAGCUCAUGGUCUGCAACCUGGAACAGAGAAAGAGGUGGAUGUAGUGAGGGUAGUAGAAAGGGGACAUGAAACACUGUUAGACAGAUUAGAGCAUUUACAUAGUGCGCAAAGUCAGCUUUGUGUUUUAUAAUUAGCCAAUUCACAUAAGUUUUGUUCAGGUGUAUCCCUCCCACAGUUAAUUCCGUCUACACAACAUUAUAGAGCAAGAGCAUAUGAAGAGGAGUGUCUGUCCAUCUAUCUAUCUGAAUGGGCCUAUUCCAUGGGCAUGGGGCUGGAGCCUCAACUCCAUUAGUCCCUAUGUUAAUCCGGCCCUGCUCAUUGCUAUCUCUGUAACAGAGCUUUGUUUUGUCAUGGGACCUGUAUCAGUUCUGGAUAAAAAUUAAUAGAUCACCGCAGAUUGUAAUAGGUAAACGUCCGAGUCACUGGAGCUUCUUCUAUAUGAUAAAAUGGCAUGUAACCCAAAACACACUUGUGAUUUUAUCCUCAGACUAUGUGCAUUAUUUAAUUUAUUAUAAAUUAAAUAUUUUCAACCCCUUUUUCUUCCUCCAGGUCUAUCCUGUAUCACUGUUAUUGUUUUAUAUCUGUUAUAAACUAGUUUGUGUAACAGUGAAAUGUAUUUUGUCUAACAACUCAACUUUCUUCCUUAGACAUAUUAUUAUGGACCAAUAAGCAUUGGAACUCCUCCCCAGAAUUUCCUGGUCCUGUUCGACACUGGCUCAUCUAAUCUCUGGGUUCCCUCAACCUACUGCCAAAGCUCAGCCUGCAGUAAGUGCCACCUGUGUAUAAGUGAGAAGGUGGGGUAAUGAAUGAUUAGCCAAUGACUGCAUGGGUGAAUAAAAAUAAUGUUUCAAAUAGGAAAUACUAAUCUAAGCAUAAUGAUGAUGUGGAGAGUGCUCCAUGCUUUAAAUUCCUUGAUAUGAGUUUAUGAUUUUGAUAUUUACGUAUAAAUACGUAUUAUUUAUUCAUUUUCAGUUUGAUAAAAGUAAAAAAUAGAGAAGGAAAGAGGGUUACAUGAAGUAUAAAGGCAUUUCAAAUCAUGGCAUACAUUUUGUUAAAGUGACAUAGCAACUCCAUCUAAAUGAGGUUGUUAUGGUGCAAGGCCCUAUUACCUCAAGGGCUUAAACCGUUCUCAAAAGGUUUCAUUCCCAAGUUGCCUCCAGCAGCAAUGUCCUUCCCCACCCUCCCGGCGGCUUCCAGCUUCUGAAUUUUCACUGGGCAGGGGAGAGUGGUCAGCUGACGCUCUCAGACAAAUCAGUGACUUCCCAUUCACUGGCUUGAAUGGGGCUUGGAAAGAACUGUUUAACUCCUUGAGGUAAGAGGAUUUCCAGGCAACAUAACAACUUGAUUUAGAUGAAGUUGUUUUGGUGCUUCGAGUGUCCCUUUAAGUAGUGUUUAACCCAUUAAGGACACAUGACAUGUCAUGAUUCCCUUUUAUUCCAGAAGUUUGGUCCUUAAGGGGUUAAAGUAGACUGUUAACAGUAAAAUAAAUAUGGUGCUUCACUAAACAGAGAAUUAUAAUGAAAUAAAUUCACUCUAAUUUUAUAUGUGUAUGUGAGUACAGUGAAAAAUCAAUAUUUCAGUUUAACCUGUGGACUUUUAUAACGACACUAGAAACAUUCUAAAACCAGAUGUGUAUAAAAUCUGAAAUGGAUUAGCUAUAUUUAUAAAAGUGGCAAUUUCCAUUGUGGACAUACUCUUCACACAUAAAGCAUUUCAGCAAGCUGGAUAGCUUUAGGAGUUCGUAGUGUCCCUUUAACAUGGGGAAUAAUAUCACCAAGUGACUUGGACCCUGUAACCAUCAUAUAGCAAAAUAAAAUGAAGCUUAAUGAACUCAAAACUAGAGGUUAGAGGAGACACAAACUCGAUUUAAACAUCCAGGUGAGACUAGGCCCAUGUCCACUAAACAAUUAACUAAAUGACAAAUGUAUUAUUUUGUAAAAUUAAGUGCAUAAGGCUACCAAAAGAAAACCAAUAUAAUGCAUACACUAUAUUUGCAAUAAUUUUAGUUAUAAAGUUAGUAAAUAGAAAAUUGACACUUUGCAACAUACUCGAAGGUAUGCAAUACACACAUAAUUUAACUUUUUAAAGACUUAUUACUAUGCAUACACUCACAAUGUAUAUCAAUUAAAAAAAUAAAAUUCUGCAUGGGAAUGGAGACUAACAGAAAUAAUUGACAAGAGGUUUAACAUCUUUACCUUUCCUAGUAAAUUGCUUUAAUAUCCGAUGAUCACUCUUCCCUCAUUGUUAGGUAUAUUUUCCAAAUGAAAAUUGCACAAUGAGGUCUCAUGCCAGGAUGUUUUCUUUUUAGUUUGGCCAAGAUGUGGCAUGAUUCAUUGCAAAAACAUGUUAUUUUUAUUGAAUGCCAGAGCUUUGCCUUCUCAUAGGGCAUUUAUGACACAAGCAUGAAAUUAUAUUAAACUGAGCCCAACAUGCUUAAAAGAUAUUAUUAUUUGGAUAAGAAUAACACUCCUGACUCGAACAUGACAGGUGUGUUUUAAUAACUCAAUGACAAUGUUACUAUUGUCUAACAAGUUACAAAAAAAAACAAAAAACAUAGAACAAAUAACCAACAUGCAGCUGCCAUUUUGUUCUAGCAAACCAUCAUGUGUUUAAUCCCAGUCAGUCCUCCACCUACACUUCCAAUGGACAGCGUUUCACCAUGGGAUACGGAGGCGGAAAUGUAGCCAGCAGUGUCACCGGAGUAUUUGGUUAUGAUACUGUAACUGUAAGUAUAGAGAACCAGCAUUUGUUUUAUUAUUACCAUUUUGUGACUGUACUGUGACAGACGUCACAGUAAUAUAUAUAAUAUAUAUAUAUAUAUAUAUAUAUUAAGUGGUCAAAACAGACUUUGAGAAAUUCAGAGUUGCCAUACUUUUUCCUUAUGUCCACAUUGUAAGAAGAUCCACGGGCAUGGACAACUAUAUAACUGAUGUAAAACAUGCAACUAUACCAAUCAAGUAAGCAUUGUAAACUAUGUACAUUAUAGUUAUUAAUUAUAAAAGAAAUUUAAUACACUAGAAUACAUUUGCCCCAAAUUAAAUAUAAUAUAUUAUUUUCAAAACCCAUUCUUUUCAUUGUUGUUGAUUAGGUCCAAGGAAUUUCCAUAACCAACCAAGAAAUAGGUCUGACAAUAACUGAGCCCAGCUCCAACUUCUACUAUUCUCCAUUCGAUGGAAUCUUGGGACUUGCCUAUCCAGGCCUGUCCGUUGGAGGAGCUACCACUGUAAUGCAGGGAAUGCUGCAGGAGAAUGUGUUGACUCAGCAAAUUUUCAGUGUCUAUCUGGGCAGGUAAUUUCUAAUUAAAUUACAAAUGUCUCUGUCUUCCUAUACCUGGUUAUAUAACUACAAUUUUGUGGGGGGGGAAACAUACUACAUACAUCACAAUAGAUGCUACCAAACUAUGAGGAUAAUUUGAUUGAAAGUUUGCAUUUCUGCACUUUAGCGGGAUAGAGGGAUUCUAUAUUCUAAGUUAUCUGAUGGUUUUACGUUUAUAUAUUGAAGCAGUGAGCUUAAUAUCUUAAAAAUAUAAUGUAUUCUCUGUAUAACAAAAGGACACUUCAUUGUUAACUGCUUUGUGGAAAAGUGUAUUAAAGUGUAAAAAUAUGAAAAGUAAUAUGGUAACUUCACGCAUUGUUUUUUAAUUACCAGCCAAUCAGGUGAAGUCAUUUUUGGAGGCGUUGACCAAACCAAGUACACUGGCCAAAUCUACUGGGCACCUCUUUCACAGGAACUCUACUGGCAGAUCCCACUUCAAGAGUAAGUUUGACCUGCGUCCUGGGACUUUGUCACGCUAGUUCUCAACGCUCUUUACAAAGAUGCUUUUGGGUAUUAGGCCAGCUCUUUAUCUAUAGAAUGCCAGUUUCUGUACCAAGUCUCCACAACCGGGGAAUCUUGUAACCAGAAUUGCAGAAAUGUUAUCUGUUACUCACAUGCACUACAAAAAUUAAGAUAAAACAAAUAAACAAAUAAAGAAAGAAAGAAAGAAAGCAGCUAUGUUUGAAGUUCAGACUUCAAUUUAGAAAUUCACUAAUUCACUUUGAGUUCCUGAGAACACUUACUUUAGUGAAUAUCCCUACUUCCUUUAUUGAUAUUUGGCAUCCCUUGCCCCAGGCCGAUAGGCCAGAACUCGGAUGUUAAUUUAAACUUCACUCAAAAGAUGCAAACGCCACUAAAAUACAUUCAUGUAUACAAAAGGACUAUUAAAUAACUUGGGGAAAAAAACAUCUAAUCCAGAUUUGAGGAAAUUCUGAUUAUCCAAUAGCAAUGGGAAUAGUUAUUUAACGACAUUAAAGAUAUGGAAUUCUCGACCUAGAUACUAUUUUUUGAGAUAUAAAAUUUAUUAAGGACAAGAAUAAUUACCAUGAAUGGAAAAGACAGUAAAACAAUAUAGAUGCCUGCUUGUCUCCAAUUUUCCUUUUAUUUUUUUUGGUAGGUAGACAUAUGACAUUUUUUUAAAGUAUUAAAAAAUGAUUUUUAAAAAUCUGCUUAGAUAAGUUUUAAUAUCAAAAUUGGUAUGUAUCCUUUUUGGACAAACAUCUAUGUUGUUUGUGAAUAUAAUAUAUUUAUGAUAAUAUAAUAACAGUCAAUAUAGACAUGAUUGUCUGUUUGUUUAAACGAGGAAUAUAAUUUUUCCAUUAGGGAGUCAUGAAACAUUGAUUCUAACUUUUUAAUUUCAAAGUUUUUCAGAAACUUCUAUUUCACAAACCUGUCUCCUGCUCUCUCUUAAAACGCUCCACUCUCACCUUCCAAUUCUACUACUUUUCAACCUUGCCGAUUUGUUUCUAUCUCCCAUGCUGCCCUUCCUAAUGUGUUUUUACACCCCGCAUUUUCUAAAUUAUAAACUCAUUUGAGCAGGGUCUUCAUCAACCUAUCAUUCCUGUAAUAUUUUGUAACUGUCUCAUUUAUUAUUAGUCUCCUGUGGAAUAAGUUGGCGCUAUAUAAAUGGCAAUAAUAAUAAUAUAAAAAGUCAAACAAAAAAGUGUUGCAGUUGCAACCUAAUUUUCUUGGAAUCUAUGUGAUAGCUGACAUGGGUUCUUUUUAACACCAAAAAACAAUAUAUAUCUCCACCCCUAGGUUUUCCAUUAAUGGACAAGCAACUGGCUGGUGUAGUGGAGGCUGCCAGGCUAUCGUAGACACUGGAACCACUCAGCUCAAUAUCCCAGAGCCAUACAUGGGACAGCUGCUGCCAUACCUGGGUAUUCAACAGACACAGAACGGAGGAGUAAGGAAUUUUUAGUAUACCUUUUACAUACAUUCAAAUACAAUGCAUGAUUCUUCACUUAAAUGGACUCUAUACUCACCAGACCCACUACAGCUUAAAGAGUUCUGAUGAGAAAAGACUGUGUUUACAUUGCUGCCUAGGAUAACCUCUAGUUGCAGUCACUCAGACGACCAUAGUGCAGGACUGUUGUUCAGCAUCCCCACACUCUGUAUGGAGAUGCUGAAUGUUCCCCGUAGAGAUGCAUUGAUUAAAUGCAUCAGUAUGAGGAUAUGCUAAUUUACGCAGUGCUUUGCAGCGCAUGCGCAAUACCUUCCAAUGCUUUUCUAUAGGAAAGCAUUAGUCGACUGAGAAAGUGAAGAUUGAUGCUCUCAGUCAUGGAGGUUGGACCAGAUGUGGAGAGCGUGGGAGAAAAGGAAAGUUUUAACCCUUUCAUCUCCAUGGAGAUGGGGGCAGAGUACCUAAACAACUGCUGCACUAUAAUUGUCAGGAAUAAAUGUUGUAUUCCAGACUUGCAGUAAGUGGAGAUAUGAGAAUGUUUGUAAAACAUAAUGGACUUACAGCUUCUGCUGUUCGAAUGGUGCAUCAAGAUACCAUGAAAUCACCACAUUGUAAAAGUGCGGUGAAUGUAAGUACGUUCUUUACUUACGUCUAGAAAAAAUGGAGAAGUGUAGUAUGCAGCGGCCCAACAGAAGGUAACCCCUCCCUCUGAAGAGAGAACGUGUGACACAUAAGAUUACAGGAAAAGGGCUGCGCCAAGUAGAUAAACAGUAAUAAUAAUACAAUACUUUGUAUCAACAGGUCAGACAAUACAGUAUAUGAAGUCUCACCGAAACAGUGGGACUAGGGUUCUGGUAGAAUCACAGAAAGAUGUAUCCAAAAUAUUCAAGUCUCACUCGGAGAUAAAUGUCUUAUAAGGUGCUUAUUUUGGGUGUAGUGUCCUCAGUGCCUUCAGUGGUCCAACCGUUCCGCUUGUAUGUAAAACAAAAGCGAGGGAAACCAAUGGUGCAGUAUGUACAAGCCAAUAUGGAUAAAAUAAACAAAUAUGCACAGUCAACUCACAUUUAAAAGAGCUAUAUCCAGCUCUGGUGAUAAGAGCAUACAGUGGUAUAAUCCCUGCUUUAAAGGAUAUGUGAUGGGAGUCCUCCAGAGGGAUGGUGUCCAACACUCAGGAGAGGGAUAUAUAAAAGUCAACUUGUACAAGUUGAUACAUUUAUUGGCAGUUCCUGACACAUUCAAAAUAAUUUGGUUAUGUAAUUUUAGGUUUAAUUGUAUCAUUUAUUCUGAAUUUUUAGUACAAUGUGAACUGCAACAAUCUUCAGAGUAUGCCAACUCUCAGCUUCACCAUCAAUGGAGUUUCUCUGCCAUUGCCUCCAUCUGCUUACAUUGUACAGGUAUGUUAAGAAAAUAAUACAUGUAAAUGUAGAGAUCAACCAAACCUAACUUUCACCACUGAAGGGGUUGUUUGUAAUUAUGUGCAAAGUCUUUCAAUGUUAAUUUAUUUAAAGAGAUACUAUAGUCCCCAAAACAACUUUAGCUUAAUGAAGCAGCUUGGUGUAUAGAUCAUGCCCCUGUAGUGUAACUGCUCAAUUCUCUGCCAUUUAGGAGUUAAAUCACUUUUGGGUUUUUUUUAUGCAGCCCCAGCCACACCUCCCCUGGCUGUGCCUCACACAGUCUGCAUGAAGAGAAAUGGUUUCAGUUUCAAUCAGACAUUACUUACUUUAAAGGUUUUUAUCUCCUGUUCUGUAAAUUGAACUUUAAUUACAUGACAGGAGGCUCCUACAUGGUCUGGCAAGCUAUUAACAGAGCAGGAAAUAAAAUUUUUGAAAUUAAACAUUAUAUUCAAUACAGGAAGUGUAAACAUUUGAUGACUCUUUACAGGAAGUGUUUGGAAGGGCUGCGUAAGUCACAUGCAGUGAGGUGUGAGACCCAAAAUUAGGAACCACCGGCUGUGGAGAUAAUCUGGAAAAUAAAAUUGUUAGUGAAAUUAGUAAAAUGUAGUUAUUUCUCCAGUUCACUCAAUGUUAUUCUGUUUUUGGCAAUUUCCUUUUCAGUCUGCAUAAAAAAAAUCUAAGAAUAGCCCUUAUAUUCUUUCUAUUCACACAACAGUUGCCCAUUAUUUCUUCUUGGGAGUACUAAAUAUAGACACAAGAGGUCAUACGCUUUUUGUUAAACUUUUUGCACAAGCAUGCUAAUGCAUUUUUGUUCCUUGCAGGAAAAUGGAUACUGCUAUGCCAACUUCUUAAGCAUCAGCCUGCCUGCUCAGAAUGGUGACCCACUGUGGAUUCUGGGAGAUGUCUUCCUGAGGCAAUAUUACUCCAUUUACGACUUUGGAAACAGUCGUGUCGGCUUUGCUUCAGUGGCAUAA